UGUUUAUGAGCUGUUGAUGACAAUGGCACAAAUAUUCUAAUUUGAAAUUUAAAUAUGACAUAAUACAUUUAUUAACCAAUAAUUAGUUUUGUAUGGUAUAUACUUAAAUAUUUUAUCAAGAAAAACAGCUGUAGAACGAUAAUUAGUAUUUAUAGUGAAAAUGGAAUCCCAUAACUUUCCACCUCUAAAGAAUGACCGUAUUCUUAAAGCUGCAAAAGGUGAAAAGCCUGACAAGAUUCCUAUAUGGAUUAUGCGACAAGCUGGAAGAUAUUUACCAGAAUUCAUGGCAUUUCGUAAAGAACAUACCUUUUUUGAAAUUUGUCAGACUCCCGAACUUGCCUGUGAAGUUACUUUAAUGCCAAUAAACCGCUUUGAUUUGGAUGCUGCUAUUAUUUUCAGUGAUAUUCUGGUUAUACCCCAAGCACUAGGCAUGACUGUAGAAAUGCAUCCAGGAAAAGGACCUGUGCUGCCACAACCAUUAACCAUACAAAAUAUAAAAGAUUUAGAGGUAGAAGGUGCAGUUGGAAGAUUAGAGUAUGUAGGUAAAGCCAUAACUCUUACUAGACACAAGCUGGAUGGAAAAGUUCCCUUAUUUGGAUUCUCAGGUGCACCUUGGACCCUUAUGGGAUAUAUGAUAGAAGGUGGUGGUUCCAAGACACUAAGCAAUGCCAAAAAGUGGCUAUAUAGCCAUCCAGAGACUGCUCAUGAACUAUUAGACUUAUUAACAAAUAUUAUCAUAGAUUAUUUAGUAAUGCAAAUAAAAGCUGGAGCUCAGAUCGUCCAAGUUUUUGAUAGCAGUGCAGAAUAUUUGAAUAAAACUUUGUAUGCUCAAUUUUGCCUACCUUAUCUACACAGAAUUUCAUCUGGAAUUAAACAAAAAUUGAAAGAUUCUAAUUUGGAAGAAGUUCCUUUGGUAUUGUUUGCAAAAGGAGCCCAUUUUAAUCUGGAAGACCAAGCUGAAUUGGGUUAUGACAUUCUGGGCAUAGACUGGACUGUUGAUCCAAGUACUGUAAGAUCCAGACUGAAAAAUAAAAAUAUUACAGUACAAGGGAAUCUUGAUCCUUGUGCCUUGUAUGCUCCGAAAGAAGAAUUGGAGAAAAUGGUAGCUGAUAUGAUAAAAUCUUUUGGAACUGAUAGAUAUAUUGUUAAUUUGGGCCAUGGCAUUUAUCCAGAUGCACCAGUUGAAAGUGUUCAAACUUUUGUUGAAGCAGUUCAUUCCAUUAAUAUUUAGUCUAUGUUUAUUAAAUUUUUCGAGACAUUCUACAUAUUAACUGACAUUUCAUGUAUUUUCUUUUUAAUUAAGGAGCAAUUUCAAAAUGUAAAUAACAUAUUCUAUGGGUUAAUACAGCUCUCUGUUAAGUCA